AUGGCCGCGCUGGGCGCGUUUGCCUCCCGCCAGCGCGCCGCCGAGGGCCACUGGUUCGCCACCGAGGGCAGCCAGGCGGUGAUGAGGCACCUGGAGAAGAUGGUGCAGGAGGGCAAGGUGGAGCGCGCGGUGUUGGAGGCCGCGCAGCGCGCGCAGGAGGGGAGCGCCGCCAGCGGGCCACCAACAGAGGUGGUCAACCGCCGCAAGGAGUACGUGUACCAGCACAGGCCGGGCCUGGUGCCAGGCAAGCCACACACCAGGCCGCCGCUGCCUGGCCUUGCUCAUCUGCUGGCCUGGCAGAUGUCGGUUGCGGCGCCGCGCUGGAACGACAAGCGCUACAUGCAGAUGGGGACGCAGAUCUCGCUGGGCCGAGCCCGCUGGUCCAUCGACGAUGCUUCCAUCUUCUCAGUGGCGGACGGCAAGCGGCUGGCGCAGGAGCCGCCGCCGCGCGCCUCCUAUUACGAGGAGCUGCGCCUGCGCAAGAUCCAGGCGGCGGCCAUGGAGACGCCCACCAUGGCUGGCUACAGGCUGCUGCCCAAGUUCACCCCGGGGCGGGCCAUGAUGUGGGGCACCAUCCUGGCGCUGUGGGGCACCGGCGCCCUGGUGGCCACCACCGCCAGGCAGCUCGACAUUCACACCUCGGAGGAGGUGCCCAGCCGGCUGCGCCCGGUGUUUGAGGGCUUUGCGGCGUCGCUGCAGGGCUGGCUGGCCCCGCUGCGUGGCAGCUUCUCCGUCACCGCCAUGGCGGGCGACGCGAUGCGGGAGGAUGCGCGGCAGUCGGAGCUGGUCAAGCGCCUGCGGUCCACCAUGAUGUGAGCCUGACAGCGCCAGGCAGCUGCGGCGCCCAGCUGGCGCCGAGCGUUGCUGCAGCGGCGGGCGCCUGCCAAAAAGAAAUUUUGUUGUUUUGGCCCAUCUCUCUCAUUUUUUGUGCUGCUGCCAGGACACGGCAGCCACUUGACCACCUACCUAGCGGUUUCCCCUAGCGUCACUCUGUAU